GGAAGUCACGAGGUCUCUUGCGCUCAUUGUGGCUUUACUGGCUUACGAGUGGAAGCGUGUGAGAGGUCCCUUGAGUUGAGGGCGUCGUGAGUUUUCUCUCCAGGGUUUAUCACUCCUCUUCGCAAGGUGGUGUAACAACCCAGCUGUGCGGUCCGCUAUCUAGCGCUUCAAACUAACCUGACCGCUCAAAACCAGCAGUUCACCUCUUCUCAGGGCGACCAGCGGUGUGUUUAUGUCUUUGUUUUGCGUAAACGGUGAGUACCUGGACGACAGGAGCUACGGAUGGGAAAGUGCUAUAGUGCAGCUGUCGGAACCUGUUUGGGGGGAACUUAGUCCACGAGCUCGAAGCCUGGCGCCUCAGUGGCCGUACCCUUUUCAUGUCAGAGACGGAGUACACUUGCAGUUGUUUAUGUCAUCCCCUGCUCGCCAAACAGAAGACACAAAUAAUUGCCAAUUCAAGAUCUUCUCAUCUUGCUGAUAGUCCAUACGGCAAGCCAAAAUGUCCCUCAAUGUCAACCGCAGCGUGUUAGAUCAGUUCUACCGCUAUAAAAUGCCCCGUAUCAUUGCUAAGGUGGAAGGCAAGGGGAAUGGAAUUAAGACCGUCAUAGUCAACAUGGUUGAUGUUGCCAAGGCUCUGAACAGGCCUCCGACAUAUCCUACCAAAUUCUUCGGUUGUGAAUUGGGAGCCCAGACCCAGUUUGAUUCCAAGAAUGACCGCUACAUCGUCAAUGGAUCUCACGAGGCAAACAAACUGCAAGACAUGCUGGAUGGGUUCAUUCGCAAGUUUGUGCUGUGUCCCGAGUGUGACAAUCCAGAAACUGAUUUGCACAUUAAUCCCAAGAAGCAGACCAUUGGAAACUCCUGCAAGGCCUGUGGCUACCGAGGCAUGUUGGACACCAGACACAAACUCUGCACCUUCAUUCUGAAGAAUCCACCUGAGAAUGAAAGUGGAUCUGUGAAAAAAGAGAAGGAAAAGAAGAAUCGUAAGAAGGACAAAGAGAAUGGCUCAAGCGGUGGAGAGGCUGGGAACCAUAAUGACAUUGAUGCCCCUGACGCUGUGGAUGGUGACGAUGAUGAUGAAGACUGGGCGGAGGAUACCACAGAGGAGGCACAGCGUCGUAGGAUGGAGGAGAUCAGCGAACAUGCUAAGGGUCUCACGCUCAGCGAAGACCUGGAGAAGACACUCGAGGAGAGGGUCAACAUAUUUUACAACUUUGUGAAGCAAAAGAAGGAUAGUGGAGCAAUUGACUCUGCAGAUAAAGACAUUUUGGCUGAGGCUGAAAGGUUGGAUGUGAAGGCCAUGGGUCCUCUGAUUUUGAGCGAACUGCUCUUUGAUGAAAACAUUCGUGAACAGAUCAAGAAGUACAAGCGUCACUUCCUCAGGUUUUGCCACAACAAUAAGAAGGCUCAAAAAUAUCUGCUUGGUGGAUUUGAAUGCCUGGUGAAGCUGCAUCAGAGUCAACUACUCCCCAGAGUUUCCAUUAUACUCAAAGCCCUGUAUGAUGCAGACCUGCUGGAGGAAGAUGUCAUACUUGCAUGGGCUGAAAAGGUCUCCAAGAAAUAUGUCUCCAAGGAGUUGGCUAAGGAGAUUCAUGCCAAGGCUGAGCCUUUUGUUAAAUGGCUCAAGGAGGCAGAGGAAGAGAGUGAGGGCAGUGAGGAAGAAGAUGAAGGCGAUGAGGACAAUGUUGAGGUGGUAUACUCUUCCUCUGCCCGUGAGCUGAAAAUGGAGACCACAAAACCUGCGAAGUCUGAGCAAGAAGAGGAUGACAUUGAUAUUGAUGCCAUUUAAAGACAAAACCAAAAAGCUUAUGUUGCCUCUUAACACACUGCUAACCUUUCUUUUUGUCAGACGCAUGCCUUUCACCUCCAUUGGCCUUCUCUUCAGCUGUAGUGCUGUGUUGAAAGCGUCUUCUUUUAAUCUUCUCACCAGCUCUCUUGAUGAAUCAUUGCUGUUCUUUGAAGGCAUGAGUUUCUUAGGUUAUAGAGCAUUAAAUGCACAUGACUUCCCCUUGUAUUUUUGCAACUAUUAAAGAUUUGCCUGUGAAUUUGA